AUGAGUAUGACACAAUUCGGUAGCAGUGGAAGCGGCGGAAGUGGUAGUAGUUCAAGUAGUAGUACUAGAAAUUUUAAAGACAGGGUUGAGAGACGCUCUGUUCCGGAAAAAUUGAUGGUGGUUGUUAGAAUUAGACCGCUCGGACAAGAUGAAGCCGGUCCAAGAGUGCUACAUGCUCUUAAUAAUAAGAUGGUUAUGGUGGAUGACUUAGAAACAGACAAACAGAAACGUGCUUCACCUAAGCAAUAUUUGUACGAUUUAGUGUUAGGAGAAGAUUCAUCGCAAGAAGCAGUUUACGAGGGAACAACUAAAUCACUGGUGCAAGAUAUAAUCGACGGAUAUAAUGCAACUGUUUUUGCAUAUGGUGCCACUGGGGCAGGGAAAACACACACGAUGGUCGGCAGUGCUGAAGAGCCUGGUGUUAUGGUUCGGGCGUUGAAUGAUAUUUUUUUAGCAGCACGAAGACUUUCAAAUGACGUUGAUGUUGAGGUAAUAAUGUCAUAUCUUGAGAUAUACAAUGAAAAUAUUCGCGACCUGUUGAAUCCAAAUACUGGUUACUUGGAGUUGCGUGACGACUCGCGAGGUCGCAAUAUACAAAUCACUGGGCUCACUGAAGUUUCGAUAAAUUCAACGGAAGAGGUAAUGAAAUUGUUACACCAAGGCAACAAAGCACGGACAGUUGAGCCGACAGCUGCUAAUGAAACGUCAUCUCGUAGCCAUGCUUUACUUAACGUCGUAGUCAAGCAAACAACAAGGCCAUCGUCUGGUCGUGACCUUCGACAUCGGGCACGUGUCAAGCAGGGUAAACUUUUUAUGAUUGAUCUUGCUGGUUCCGAAAGAGCAAAACAAACAAAGAACCAAGGAAAACGUCUCCAAGAGGGUGCUCAUAUAAAUCGAUCACUUUUAGCACUUGGUAAUUGCAUAACAGCAUUGUCUGGUGGAGCGCGUUAUGUUAACUACCGAGAUUCCAAGCUUACUAGGCUUUUAAAGGAUGCACUUGGUGGUAAUUGUCGGACUGUGAUGAUUGCUCAUGUUUCACCCUCGGGUAUUCAUCGUGAAGAAAGUAAAAAUACAUUGAUGUACGCUGAUCGCGCUAAUCGGAUCACUACCAAAGCUGAACAAAAUAUUGUUGAUGUUAAUUAUCAUGUCUCGCAGUACCGAGACAUAAUCAGCGAUUUAAAAAAUGAAAUCUCUAGACUUAGAAAUAAAAUGCACGAUACUGAGAGACCUGACAUUGGAAGACCCGAGACCCAAGAGAGAAUUAGUACGACUAAAGUUAAUGAUCUGAGAUCUUUGAGGGAAAAAAUAGUUUCUGCGUUUAAAGAACAAAUGCGGCUAAGGCGUAAACUCAUGGAAUUAGAUAGUCAUCUACUGGGUCUUAAUAUAGCUGCUGAACAACAGCAUGCAAUUAUUUCACACUGGGAGUCUAGGAAUAAUAAACUUUAUAAAGCUAGUAAAGAAAAUACCAGACGGAGAUCUAGCGCUGAUAGCCAGAUUGAUGAAACUGAAAGCGAAGAUCUAGGUGAAGAGUAUGAAAUAAAUGAUAUUACUGUGCAACAAGCUUGGACGGAAUUGUCAGAAAUUAAUAAGGAACAAGAGCGUUAUAUUGAAAUCCGAGCGAUUACUGAACGGGAAUUGGAAAAUUGUCGGCAGCGGAGUGCAUCUCUUGAAGAUGAAUUACCGGCUAGAAUAAAUUCAGAAGAAGAACGUGAGCUGUUGGCGUUAAUGCUCAGAGUUCAUGAAUUAGAAGCUGACAAAAUGAUGCUGCAAAAAUUGUAUAUAAUGUACCAACAAGAAAUCCAUGCUGCUGCUUACAAUGAUAGUAAUUUAGUUGAUUUAUCAGUAUCUUCCAUGCUAUUUAAUAACCGUCUGCCACCAAUAAAUCGUGGAAUUCAUUUUGAGAGCCUUGAUGACACAAGAUUACCGAGCAGCUCUACGGAUUCUGAUUGGGAAUCGCCGUUACCACCAAUACCCGAGCCACAGGAAAUUGAAAAUGUAAUGGGUCCAGUUGUGCGUCCAUUAAUUUCUCCAUCUGUUUUCUUUCCACCGAUACCUAACUCCAAGCGAAAAAAUCAAGAAAAUAAAUUACGGAGAGUCGCAAGUGAUAAUAAUGUAAAUUCACCAAAAAGUUUACGUGACUCACGAUUAAAGGGAUAA